ACGUCGUCGGGCACCGGUCUGCACUUUCUUCAUCAAUUUUUAUUUCUGCAUAGCAAAAUUUAUCUUGAAUUUUUCAUUCCUCGAUUGAUUCCAGUAGAAAACAAGAAAUUGGUCAAAAAGAGGAGAAAGUUUUACUUUGUAAAUGAGCUCAUGUUCAUUCUGGGUAGGCGAAAUUUUGGUGCUGAUGCGAUGCAUGGAUCCUUCUUGGCUACUGUAGUUGCAGCUGUUGUUUUUCAUGCACUUGGAGCUGGUUCAGUGGUUGUACCAAGUACUAGCUGUUAUGCCUUGGAUAACAACAGUCGCAUCCGUGAUUUUAGUAAUUUGACUGGACAAUUUUUUGAGUAUGACGAUGAAAAGGCCCCUGAUUUGGUUGUACGGUUCUGUAAAGAUGUCGAAACUAGAUCCCAACAACCGGGUUAUGUGGAUUUUGGAAGAUUUGACAAGUUCAAUCAUUUUAUUGCUAGUUCUGGACAUGCUAACUUUAUUCAGGAAUACUAUAAUGGUGAUCUAAUGAAUUGUGAGAAAAGUUUUGAUAAAUUGGGACGCACAGCUCAGGUAAAUAUCAUUUGUGGAAAUUGUCCAAAUGGACACUGUGCAGGUGGACUCGGAUGCAUUUGCAACGUUACAUAUGAAUCCACAUGCAGAGUAAUCAUUGACCUCGCCAUCCCAUGCGUGGAACCAGGUUUGCGGGUAUUUGAAGGCUUCACAGUUGGUUUUCAUCCGCGGUCAUGGGAAAUUGUUUAUAAUGGCAUGACUCAGUUGGGUUAUGAAAAGGCUUAUAAUGAAUUUAGCUUCAGCACUGAUCAAAGAGAUGUUACCCUAUACCUAACUGCAGUUGCUUCCCUCUCGGGUUUAGUGCAGAAGCCCACAAUCAAGAUUUCUCCCGAUGAAGGAUUAGAUGUUCAUUUGUCUGGCUCAGGAGCAAAUGGGAGUCCACCAACUACUUUGUCUCCAACAAUGAUGCUUGUGGAAUGGAGAUGUGACAAGGCUCGUGAUACAGCAUAUGAAGUUGAAAUUACCAUCCCGAUAGAGAAUUAUGAUCCCAUUCAGUUUACUUUGGCGAAGAUGUGUGAACACACGCAAACUGAACGAGACGAAGCUACAAGAGGAUGGGCAAUCUUUGGAAUCAUAUCAUGCAUAUCCAUUGUAGUCCUUACGCUGGCCUGCUGUGGAGGGUUCAUUUAUAGAACACGAAUCGGAAACCUGCGGGGAAUUGACGCACUCCCUGGAAUUUCAGUAUUAUCAGCAUGUUUGGAAACUGCAAGUGGAGGUGUUCACAGCUAUGCACGACCCGAUGAUUCUAAUAAUCCUUUUGUAAAUCAAACCACAUGGGACAGGCAGCCAACUUCCACUCAAGAAAACUGGAGAACAAGCGAUAGAACAUAUGGAUCCAUUUGAUUUACGUGAACAGUUCGACAGUUUUACCGAUUCUCCAGCUUAAGGUAUCUUCUGGAAAGGAUUUUUUGUUUGUAGAGGGAGGCUCGUAAACACCGUGAAACAAUACCAUGCAGCCGUAUCCUUUUCCGCUAGAGACCCAUUCGUGUCCGUCUGAACUGCUAAAAGAUGCACGAUGUUUUUUGCAGUAUGACUUUCUGCUGCAGAAAGAUCAAAUGAAUUGCGACUGUUACGUGGUUAAGGUUUCAAGAACUAGACAUUCUGAAUGAAGUCCGCCGUCCUUUGUGUUUGAGGUUGUUUUUGCUUCUUGUGUGCAGUAAUUCAAGUUGUUCUUUGUUCUGCCUAUGAUGGUCAAAGUAAGCACUUUAUCUGUCAUAGUAAGUCCAUCUUAAAAAUACAGUUUAUUAUUCAAGUUCAAAAUUUUAUUA